AUGCCCCUCGCCGCUUCCUCUCCGCGCAUCAUAUCCCACCCUCUCCUCCCCCUCCUCCCCACUGCCCUUCCCAUCCGCCUUCGUUACCUGCCUAUCCCCCUCCCCACCCCCCUCCUGUUCCCCCUCCCCACCCACCUUCCCUUCCUCUCUAACCCAUCCCCCUGCCCACCCCCCCUUCCCGUCAGCCUCCCCAUCCCCCUUUCCUUCACUGCAUGUCGACAGUGGCACUCGCAAGUGGGGCUGCUGGACGCUGACGUGUUCGCCCCUCACUGCCCAACCUGCUCGGCCUGCACAUUGUCGCCUCCUCCCCCUUCUUGCCCGCUGGGCCUGGAGACUGCCGGCUGCCCCCUGCUCGCCUCGCCCUUCCCCCACGCAUGCAGGCGCACGGCAUGCUCUGCAUGUCCGCUCACGUGGGCUGGGAGUGUGGGCUUCCUCAAUGCCUGCACACGUGGCGACCGUAUGGCGUUGGCCCAUGGUGAUGUGAUGGCGGCAGUGGAGAAGCUUCAGGGGGGUACAAUAGGGGAGGGGCAGCAGGGGGGUACAAUAGGGGAGGGGCAGCAGGGGAGGGGCGGCUCGGCUUGUAAGGCCACACUGCCUGCCCAUGCUCUCAGCUCUGCUGGCGAUGCCCAUGCUCCCAUGCGGUCACUUCCACCAGCAGCACGGGCGGAUGAAAACGGUGGGGCAAUGGAUGUGGUGGUGGUGAUGAUGGCCAUGGACGCCACCAGCAGUGCUGGGAGCACCAAGGCACUGGAGUGUGGUGGGUGCACAACCCCAGCUGCACAUCCCUACUGCCUGCCCGCUCACCUGCCUAGCACUAUGCCCGCUGACUCCCUCCCACUGCUGCAUUCGCUUCAUUUGCUCGUGGCGCUUCAUUUUCCACUCUUCUGUCGCUCCUGUUCAUUGCUCACCCUCACCAGGACUGGUGGUAUCGACGCCGCUCAGGACCUCACACUGAUGGAUUUGCAGCGAGGAAUGAAUAUGUCCUGA